CGUUACCCGAAAGACAAGGCUGCGCCCGGGUUCUGGUCCGCAGGGAGACCGAAGGGCACCGCUCCCCGUGCCUCCCAGAGCCCCGGAGCGCCGAUCCCCCAGGGAUGUGAGUGCGCCCCCGACCCGAGGCCCGCGCUCCACGCCCCGACCUGCGGCCCGCGCCCCGGAGGACCUCCGCCCACAAGCCCCGCGCCUUCCUGAGGCCUGCCCGGAGCAUGCCGUCUGCGGCCAUGAACAGUCUCGGCCUGGUGCUGCUCGCCGGCCUGCUGUGCUCUGCGCCGGCUCACGGCCUGUGGUGCCAGGACUGCACCCUGACCACCAACUCGAGCCACUGCACCCCAAAGCAGUGUCAGCCGUCAGACACAGUGUGCGCCAGCGUGCGGAUCACUGACCCCAGCAGCAGCCGGAAAGACCACUCUGUCAACAAGAUGUGCGCCUCGUCUUGUGACUUCGUGAAGCGACACUUCUUCUCAGACUAUCUGAUGGGCUUCAUUAACUCUGGGAUCUUAAAAGUGGAUGUGGACUGUUGUGGGGGAGACCUGUGCAACGGGGGGCCGGGGGCGGGGGGCAGCCCCUGGGCCCUGGCCGGGGGGCUCCUGCUCAGCCUGGGGCCCACCGUCCUGGGGGCUGGGCCCUGAGCUCCUCCUGUAGCUGCAGGCCUCCCAGCUUCCUCCCCAGAGCCUGGCCUCACCCCUCCCUGCACAGGGAAGCCUCCCUCUCUCCACCAGCUCUGAGCUCCAGUGUCUGCAGGAGGCCCUGGG